GGGCAGCACCGGAAGGGUUUCGGGGAGGCACCGCGCCGGAAGCGGCGGCAGGGCCGGAAGUUCCCUCGCCCCGGCGCUCCUGGGCCGCGGGGCAGCGCCGCGCCCUUCAUGGAAGAGAUGUCGGGAGAAAGCGUGGUGAGCUCAGCGGUGCCGGCGGCCGCCACCCGCACCACCUCCUUCAAGGGCGCCAGCCCCAGCUCCAAGUACGUCAAGCUGAACAUCGGCGGCGCCCUCUACUACACCACCAUGCAGACGCUGACCAAGCAGGACACGAUGCUCAAAGCCAUGUUCAGCGGCCGAAUGGAAGUCCUGACCGACAGCGAAGGCUGGAUCCUGAUCGACCGCUGCGGGAAGCAUUUUGGGACGAUCCUGAACUACCUGCGCGAUGGGGCCGUGCCGCUCCCUGAGAGCCGCCGAGAGAUAGAGGAGCUGCUGGCCGAGGCGAAGUACUACCUGGUGCAGGGGCUGGUGGACGAGUGCCAGGCAGCCUUGCAGCAGAACAAAGACGCGUACGAACCGUUCUGCAAGGUACCGGUCAUCACGUCGUCCAAGGAAGAGCAAAAGCUGAUAGCCACCUCUAAUAAGCCAGCGGUGAAGUUGCUAUACAACAGGAGCAACAACAAAUAUUCCUACACCAGCAACUCUGACGACAACAUGCUGAAGAACAUCGAGCUGUUCGAUAAGCUCUCCCUGAGGUUUAACGGCAGGGUGCUGUUUAUAAAAGACGUGAUUGGAGACGAGAUCUGCUGCUGGUCCUUCUACGGCCAGGGACGGAAGAUCGCUGAAGUCUGUUGCACUUCCAUCGUUUACGCUACUGAGAAGAAGCAGACAAAGGUGGAGUUCCCAGAAGCCCGCAUUUACGAGGAGACGCUGAACAUCCUGCUGUACGAGUCCCAGGACGGGAGAGGACCUGACAACGCGCUCCUGGAAGCCACAGGAGGGGCAGCUGGGCGCUCCCACCACUUAGAAGAAGAUGAGGAGCGGGAGCGCAUCGAGCGCGUGCGAAGAAUUCAUAUUAAGCGUCCGGAUGACAGAGCCCACCUGCACCAGUGAGCUGCCCGACGGCCGCGGGCUGCGCGGGGCCGACCGGGCAGCUCCUCUCCUCUUCAACCAAGUCUGUAAAUUCCGUUUUGUAACAAACUAGGUUAUUUGGGGUAUUUAAAUGCAGUAGUUCUAGGACAGGAAUAAGUAAGGUCCCUGGGCGUGCGGUAGGUAUGUAAGGCCCCGUUGAGCAUCGGGAGAAAUGCCCUGAAUUUUCAGCACUCUCGUCUUUGCUAUUUUGUGCUUAGUGAGGAAGAAGGCUGGCUUCCUUUGGCUUUUGUAAUUAUCCUGCACUUUAAAACAAACCGACAGACAAACCCAACAGCACCAAAAGGUCAGUCAGCCGCCUGUCUUCCUCCCAGGCACUCCCUGGCCCUGUCUCCUCCCGGGCAUCGCGGUGUGGGAGCAACGCGGCGAUCCGAGCACCGGAGCUGCUGCAGAGCUCCCUCUCCUCCAGGGCUGCCGGCGAUAGGGUUGGUAGCUCGGGAGUGCCGCAGUGCCGGCCCCACAAGCACCGCGUGCUGAGCACCGCGUGCUGGCUUGGCCUCGGCAGUGCCUGGGGCAGAGGAAGCCCCGCGCGGUGCUGGGCCGGGGGAGCUUCUCGUGCUGGGCCCGGGGGGCUGCCUGUGGCUCCCCGCCGUGCUCAGGGCCCUCUCCUCCAGCGGUUUGGUGGAGCUGCUCCAGCGCGGAACUGUGGAGCCCCAGCCCUGCUCUGUCGGUGCAGUGCUGGGGAGGGAGGUUGAAAUCCCUCCGGCCGGAGGGUCAGGAGCUAGUUGUACUGGACAGCUUUUCCGUGGGGGUGUUGCUUCCAGUUGGAGCUUAGAACUUCUGCCUGACUCCACACCUGCGCUGGGGAGCCUACUUCCAUCAAAUUACAGAUCAGCAAGCCGUGCUUUCUGUCCUGCUUUCACCACAGGUUAGAUUUCAUCGCGGGUUCAACCCCUCCGUGCCCGCCUCACGUAGGCUGGAGGCCAGCAGCCGUAGUUGGGUUCCGUGACUGAUAGAGGAGCGUUGUCUCGCACUGAGCGAGGGCAGUGAGUACCACGGGGAGGAAAAGACGGCGGCCCAGAGGUGGCCGAUCCUCGUUUGCCGUUAUCCUGAGCGUAUUUCCAAGUCUCUUUGCAGAAAUGGCAGCUGUGUGUGAAAGGGCGGAGCUGAAACGUGUAGAGAAGGCUGUAUCGUCUCGCUUCCCGAGAGUAGUCCUCUGUUAUAAAUGAGUGUUUUAUCUACCUCCUAGUCUCGUGUUGCCUCGUGUGGAGUCAAGUAUCAAUUAUAGCGGUAGAUCGUGUGUAAUUCAAUCGGAGUGGAUGCUGAAGGGUAGUGAGGAGAGCUACGGCUGUAACGGUCAACGCAGCAGGUCUUGGCAGGGAGAGAACCCAGCAGCAGCGAGUCUUAAACUUCCAGGCAGGAUGGCAGCCUGGCAGGCACCACAGUACUUCAGUUUAUUCCAUCAUUUUUGACUUUUCACCUGGAAUAUCUAAUGCUGGCCUCGACAGCCAGCUGUCUCACAGAGCAGCAGCUCCGUGCCGUGCAGUGAGGUGGGUAUUUGCUUCUGUAAAUGUCGUGUUCCAAGGAGUCCUGCUCCUGCUCAGGGCUGAUGACAGCAUCCUAACGCGUCAAAAACCAAAGGUGCGGUCGGCAUCACCAGCUACGUUACGCUGCUGCUCUUAUCUCAAAUUGCAGGGAAGCUGUCUGGGAUCUACCUGCCACGUCUAAAGCCUCUUGUUUUGUGGUGGUUCGCUUCUGGAGCAUCAUGUAAGACUAAAAGCUUUCACGGUUAGGCUGAAGUUGUCUUUCUAGUAACCAAAGACUUUUCUAAAUUACAGACCCCGUUUGUGGCAGAUGUGAUUGUUGUUCCUGUCUCCUCUUACCUUCCUUCAGCUACCAAGUAAGAGCUCAGCAGUGCCUGUAUCGGUGUAGUUGAGCAGCUCCAGCUAUGUCCUUCCUACCCUGGGCUUCUGUUUUAAGCCGUACCUGCGUGUGUUGGCACCAGUGCACGCUUUGGGUUCGUACAAGUCCAUAGUGCAGAUCGCUGGGAGGCCCCGGUGCCUCUCCCUUACCUUCCUCAUGCGAUAAGCUGGGGAGCAUGGACGUAGAGUCCCC